AUGGAAGCCACGACCCCGCCAGCCUGGAAACCUUCCUGGAAUGGUCGAAGAUCAGGGCCUUGGGCGAGCCAGCCAAUGCGAGGGCUGAGCCGGCGACUUGGUGGAGGUUUGGGUGGAGGUGGUGGAGAGAGAGACAGAGAGGGCUUGGCGCUUGGUGCUUGGUGGGCGAGGUGGGCCGAAGCUAUGGAAGCCACGACGACUUCCCCGGCGCCGAAGCAGUGGCAGGACCACGCACGACCCUUUACGCAUCCACUCGUACCCUCGCAGCCCAUACGCUCGACCGCAGAGAGGCAGACAUGGCCCUUUAAAUUGCACUUCUCGCAUGUGAAGCCGCUGACAGCAGAGGCAGCUAGACGCGCCUCUGGGUCAAUCAGCUGUGCGGCCAAUGUGGGGGAAGACGGCCUGGCGGAUACGAUCGGGCCUGUUCGACUCGACCACCGCCGCCUGUCCCGCACCUCACCCUCCCGCCGCUUUUACCACGCCGCCCAUUUAGGUCUCGCCGGCGGCUUCAUAACUCUGCAUCCGCUGCAUUCAAUAGCUCGCUGCUAUUUUGUGCCGCCAGUUGCACCAGCACCCCGGCCCGCACAACUUUUUUUACCGCCAUUGUGUCGAGGCUGGAUGAAUGGAUGGAUGGAUGGAUGGAUGGAUGGAUGGAUGGACGGUCAGCAUCACAGGCGUUGCCAGCCAACAACCCACGCCCGUUGGCCCUCGUCCAUAGAUAGAACAUGUCGAGGGGAGCACCCUACAACCUACGACGGCAUCGCAAUUCCCGCAUGCCAUGCCCUCGCCAGGUUGGCCCCACACUCCACGCACACGCUGCUCGCCGGCUGCGAUUUGCUGCCAAUGCUGGCCCCAAGGGCAAGCGUGCCUAUAGCUAUGCCCAUCCAUCCCAUCCACUCCCCUCCAUGUCGUCGUAGGGCUUUGGCCGUGGGCAGAGUAGGAAGGAAAAAGAACGGUACUGGUGGCGACGUGCAGCUCACCGCACACGACAAUGUCGCACCAUGGGCCGUGGCCGUCUUUGUAGCCACUGGGAGACGGCCCUGCCCGGCUGCUUCCACUGCUCCAGCUGGCAGGGCCAUGCACGCCUCUUGCUCUUGCAUCAUGGCUGACGUUCCUGCGUGA